AUGUUUCUCCCAACCAAUGCUAGUCCUGGUGAAAAGGAGGCAAUGGAGAUGAAGGGGCCUCUUAUGCUUAUCCGGAGAUGUAUGGUUACUAAGAAACCUGUGAUUGUGAGCCUGCGGAAUAAUAGGAAGGUGAUAGGCUGUGUUGUGGCUUAUGACAGGCAUUACAACAUGAUACUUAUGGAUGCAGUAGAGACAGGAGUUACUGGCAGUAAGAACAAGGGAGCAAAAAAACGAAGAAAGCAAGUGAGUCGAAGACUUGGCAAUGUGUUUGUUCGGGGAGACACUGUGGUACUGGUUGCAAGUGGAGUAGGAUCUGCAUCACAUGCACAAAAGACGAUUGAUGAGUCACAGAGUGAAGACAAACAGCAAUUGAGGAACACUGCAGAUUCAGAACAGCAACCGUACAAUUAG